GUCGGCUGGGUGCGCGCAUAUGUGUGCGUGUGCUCGAUAGGCGGUGUGGCGCAAUCUCCUCCCACCCACCUCCCCGAAACAGAGCGGACAAGUUUGUCAGAAGUUGCUCCAGCACAGGAAGACGUCAAUGAACGAUGUGUGUGUUUUAUUCCAGAGAACAGUCGCAACGCAGUGUCUCGUAGAAAAGUUGUGUUUUUUGGGCCAUUUUAGCUCACAACCGGAGGACUUUGCAGCGGCUCUGACACAGACUGUUAAACGGACAAAUAGUGCAUUUGGCAUUACUCGGGCACCGUGUGCUCUCUGUGAAAGCCUGCGCCCGUCACAGCUCCAGGAAUGCAAAGAAGGGAGUGAUAGUCAGAAGAUGUACGAAUAAAAAAUGUCUGAGCAACGAUCCAGUUUUCUUCACAUCGGGGAUAUUGUCUCCCUGUACGCGGAAGGAACAGUAAAUGGAUUUAUUAGCACGCUGGGCUUGGUUGACGACAGAUGUGUCAUACAACCCGAUGCUGGGGAUCUAGCGAAUCCACCAAAAAAGUUCAGAGAUUGCCUUUUCAAAGUGUGUCCUAUGAACAGAUACUCUGCGCAAAAACAAUUUUGGAAAGCAAAGCAAGGAAAACAAGGAAACCAGACAGAAGAAGCUCUUUUGAAGAAACUGCAGCAUGCUGCAGAAUUGGAACAGAAGCAAAAUGAAAUUGAGAAAAAGAAGCUUCUUGGGGAUCUGGUUAAAUACAGCAAUGUUAUUCAAUUACUACAUAUAAAAAGCAACAAAUACUUAACGGUGAAUAAGAGACUUCCUGCACAUUUGGAGAAAAAUGCAAUGAGAGUUUCAUUGGAUGCAGCUGGAAAUGAAGGCUCUUGGUUUUACAUUCAGCCUUUCUGGAAGCUGAGGACUGAAGGUGACAAUGUUGUGUUAGGAGACAAGGUUGUCCUAAUGCCUGUUAAUGCUGGACAGCCUCUGCAUGCAAGCAGUAUAGAAUUACUAGACAACCCAGGCUGUAAAGAGGUAAAUGCUGUGAAUUGUAACACAAGUUGGAAAGUCACACUUUUUAUGAAAUUUAGUGAUUACAGGGAUGAUGUUUUGAAAGGGGGGGAUGUUGUGAGACUGUUCCAUGCUGAACAAGAAAAAUUCUUGACUUGUGAUGAGUACAAGAAGGAACAGUACAUCUUCCUUAGGACAACCCUACGGCAAUCUGCUACUGAUGCCACUAGUUCCAAAGCACUUUGGGAAGUAGAGGUAGUGCAUUAUGACCCCUGCAGAGGUGGAGCAGGACACUGGAACAGCCUUUUCAGAUUCAAGCACCUGGCAUCUGGAAAUUACUUGGCUGCAGAAGUUAAUCCUGAUUUUCGGGAUGAUAGUACUGAAAAUAAGGACAUUGAUGGAGCAGAUACCCAUUCAUCAAAGCGGAGAAGACCAGCUGCUGAAAAGAUUGCUUAUACACUGGUUUCUGUUCCACAUGGAAAUGAUAUUGCUUCCUUGUUUGAACUAGAUGCAACAACUCUUCAAAGAGCAGACUCUCUAGUUCCAAGGAAUUCUUUUGUUAGACUAAGACAUCUUUGUACCAACACAUGGAUAACCAGUACAAACAUCCCAAUUGACACAGAAGAGGAGAGACCUGUUAUGCUUAAGAUAGGCACUUGUUACACUAAAGAGGAUAAGGAAGCCUUUGCAAUCAAAUCUGUUCCCUUAUCUGAAGUAAGGGAUUUGGAUUUUGCCAAUGAUGCCAGUAAGGUUUUGUCUUUAACUGUACAGAAUUUGGAAAGUGGAACUUUAGCUCAUAAUGAAAGGAGGUUUGUAAUUAAACUUUUGGAGGACCUAAUUUUCUUUCUUGCGGACACUGCUAACAAUGGCCAAGAUGUAUUAGAUAUGGUUGUUUCAAAGCCAUACCGAGAAAGACAGAAACUUAUGAGAGAACAAAAUAUUUUGGAACAGAUAUUUGGUAUUUUGAAAAGCCCGUUUUCAGAUAAAAGUGGUGAAGGACCAUUGCUAAAACUAGAUGACCUGGGUGAUCAGAGAUAUGCUCCUUUCAGAUAUAUGCUUAGGUUGUGCUACAGACUGAUCCGACAUUCGCAGCAUGAUUACAGGAAAAAUCAGGAGUAUAUUGCACAGAAUUUUUGCAUCAUGCAAUCACAAAUUGGAUAUGAUAUUUUAGCUGAAGACACCAUCACUGCCUUGCUGCAUAAUAACAGAAAACUAUUGGAAAAGCACAUUAAUGCCAAAGAAAUAGAAACAUUUGUGAGUUUGCUGAGAAGGAACAGAGAACCCAGGUUUUUGGAUUAUUUAUCAGAUCUUUGUGUCUCAAACACAACUGCCAUUCCAGUGACUCAAGAGCUUAUUUGCAAAUUUAUACUUAACCCCAAUAAUGCUGACAUUCUCAUUCGCACAGAGCCUCCAUAUGCAGAUGGUGACAAUGCAGACAAAGGGAGCAGAAGUGUUAUGCCAUUACAUGCUGAAAAUGGACAUGAAUUACAGGAUGACAGUGAAGAGGAGGAAAUUUGGCUCUAUUGGACUGAUAGUAACACCGAACGUCAUGGAAAAUCAAUCAGACAUUUGGCCCAAGAUGCUAAACAAAACAAUAAAAUGGAUAAAGAAAUCAUUUCUUAUUACAGAUAUCAGUUGAACCUAUUUGCUAAGAUGUGCCUCGAUCGUCAGUAUCUUGCAAUAAAUCAAAUCUCCAAAGAACUUUCUGUAGACCUUAUUUUGCGUUGUAUGUCUGAUGAAUAUUUGCCUUACAACUUAAGAGCCUCUUUCUGUCGACUAAUGCUUCAUAUGCAUGUAGACCGGGAUCCACAAGAAACUGUAGUCCCAAUCAAAUAUGCCAGACUCUGGACAGAAAUCCCUUCCAAAAUCAGUAUAAAUGAGUAUGAAUCCUCAAGAGACGCAACUCGAGAUGACAUGAAGAACAAGUUUUCCUUAACAAUGGCUUUUGUUGAAGACUACUUAAAGUGUGUUUUGGGACAGCCAUUACCUUUUGGUGAUAGACAGAAAAAUGAGCUUACAUUUGAGGUGGUUCACUUGGCUCGUAACCUAGUCUAUUUUGGGUUCUAUAACUUUAGUGAUUUGAUCAAUUUGACAAGAACGCUGCUUGAAAUUCUAGACACUGCACAGCGUCCUGACUAUCGAAAUGUAGGUGGCAUUAUUCAUGUUUAUGAUGGAGGCAACAAUGUAAUGAGAACAAUACAGGAUGUGGGGGAAAUGAUGACUCAAAUGGUUCUUAGUCAAGGAGCUAUACUUUCCUUUGGUGUACCUGAUACUACUUCUGCUUCUUGUGCUGCUGAUAGUGAAGGAAUGAUGGUUAUGGACACUAAGCUAAAAAUCAUUGAAAUAUUACAGUUUGUCCUGAAUGUGCGACUGGACUAUAGGAUAACAUACUUGCUCUCAAUUUUCAAGAGGGAUUAUGGCAGUGCAGAUUUAACUGACAAUUCAAUGUCAUUUGUUGAUAUUUCAGCUGUGCCAAUUUCUUUAGUGCAACCUGCUGAAAAUGAUGAAAUUGCAAGACAGGCAGAAAAAAUGUUUGAUGAGAGCCCUGAACAUUUGGACCAUGAGGGUGGGAAAACUUUUCUUCGUGUUCUUAUUCAUCUGAUAAUGCAUGACUAUCCUCCUCUUGUAUCUGGGGCCUUGCAACUUCUGUUUAAACAUUUCAGUCAAAGAGCAGAAAUCUUACAGGCUUUUAAGCAGGUUCAACUUCUAGUGUCUGAGCAAGAUGUGGAAAAUUAUAAACAAAUCAAAGCAGACCUAGACCAGCUACGGCUUACUGUGGAAAAAUCGGAGCUUUGGGUUGAAAAGAGCAACAGUUAUGGAAAUCAAGACAUGAGUGAUGGACAAGUCAAAGAACAAAUCCAUGAGAUUGGAAGCAUCUUAUCGUCUAUUCAAGAUACGAACAAAAAACCACAAAUUCAUAUGAAUAAAGGAAAUAAUUAUUGUAUUAUAAAAGAGAUUUUAAUAAGAUUAAGGAAACUUUGCCAGCAAGGGAGAAAAAGUCGCACCCAGCUACAGAGACUACUGAAGAACAUGGGAGCUCAUGUUGUAGUGCAAGAUCUGUUUAACAUUGCCUAUGAAAAGUCAGAUGAAAAGAUGAAUGAAAUCAUGGAAUUGGCACAUGGAUUCCUACAGAACUUCUGCUUUGGAAAUCCUCAAAACCAAGCCUUGCUUUAUAAAAAUUUAAACCAGUUCCUUACUCCAGGGCUAAUGGAGGCUAAAACAAUGAGAUAUAUUUUCAUGGAUAAUUACUAUCUUUGUAAUGAGAUCAGCGAUAGAGUUAUUCACCACUAUGUGCACUGCAUUGAAACUCAUGGACGACAUGUACAGUAUCUUCAGUUUCUACAGACCAUUGUUAAAGCUGAUGGAAAGUAUGUUAAAAAAUGUCAAGACAGGGUAAUGACUGAGCUUGUCAAUGCAGGGGAAGAAGUCCUGGUAUUUUAUAAUGAUCGAACAUCAUUCCCCAUUCUUCUCCAAAUGAUGACCAAUGAACGUGAUCGCAGUGAUGAAAAUGGGCCCUUAGCCUAUCAUAUUGCUUUGGUUGAACUUCUUGCAGCUUGUACUGAAGGGAAAAAUGUUUACACAGAAAUCAAGUGCAACUCCCUUCUUCCCCUUGAUGAUAUUGUCAAAGUGGUCACUCAUGUCGACUGCAUACAUGAGGUUAAAACUGCAUAUGUCAAUUUUGUGAACCAUUGCUAUGUGGAUACAGAAGUAGAGAUGAAGGAGAUCUAUACCAGUAAUCAUAUAUGGAACCUGUUUGAGAACUUUCUGGUUGAUAUGGCAACAGUAUGCAAUAACAUAACUGAUAGAAAAUUUUCUGAUGCCUCUUUGGAGAAGUAUGUGACAGAUCCAGUGAUGGCAAUUGUCAAAGGGUUUUUUAGCUCUCAGUUUUCCGUCAGCUGUUCAAACCAACAGAUACAUCAGCCAAUAUUUAUACAACUUCUGCAGUCAGCAUUCAGAAUUUACAAUCUCACUUGGCCAAGUUCAUCUCAGAAGUCCAACAUUGAAGCUUGUAUUAAAACAUUAUCUGAAGUAGCAAAGAAUCGUGGGAUUGCUAUUCCAGUAGACCUGGAUAGCCAGGUGAACACAAUUUCUAUGAAGAACCACAGCAACACUGUCCAACGAGCAGCAAAGGGUUGGAGGAUGUCCGCUCGCAGUGGCCCACGCAAGGAGUGCUUAGGAAUGCCAGACUACAAGUGCAUCAUCGAAAAGUUACAGGGAGUUGUAGACUGUCUUGAACAGCAGUUUAGCCCAAAGAUACAGGAAGAACUCUCUGCAUUGAUUGAUGUGCUUUACAAUCCAGAGCAACUGCUUCCUGGUGAAUUCAAAUUACGCUUUGAAAAUGGAGUUUUCAUGUCUAAACUAAUUAACCACACAAAAAAGCUGAUGGAUACAGAAGAAAAGUUGUGCAUCAAAGUACUCCAAACAUUAAGUGGAAUGCUGAAUACAAAAGAUAGUUUUGAUGAUUCGGCCAGUGCAUUAAAACGAAAUUUUUCUCGGUAUGUUUAUGGUCCACAUGGGCACUCAAAACCAGACUCCUUAGCUUCUUCUGGAGGACAUUCAAAAUCAUCUCAAUUGGGUGUGACAUCUAGUCAGGAGAAUGACACAAAUAUUACAGAUACACAGUGUCUUCUUAACAAGGAAGGGGCCUCAGAGUUGGUUAUCGAUUUAAUUGUCAAAACCAAAAAUGACAGGAUUUUUCAGGAAAGCAUUUUACUGGGCAUUGCUUUGUUGAAAGGAGGAAAUACUGAAAUACAGAAUUCAUUUUUUAAUCAGCUGAAAGGAGAGAAAAAAUCUGAAAAAUUCUUUAAAGUUCUGUAUGAUAGAAUGAAAGCAGCCCAGCAGGAGAUUCGGUCAACGGUCACAGUCAAUACCUUUGAUCUGAGUUACAAAAUGAAAGAUGACGACGAACUGUCAAUAUCUAGGCCAAAGAAAGUGGAAAAGGGUUCGGCUUGUUAUCUGAAAGAUGAAAUGAAAAUGCAAUUUAAAGAAGCUUCUUUGGCCACAAGUAAAGCGUAUUAUCUUUAUCGGAAAGAGCUGGACCCAGACGUGGACAUUAUCUCAGGAAAUGAAGUGGUAGUUGGGGAAGAAGCAGGGGGAGAAGAAAUCCAGAUGAGUCCUGCUAUUGCAAUCAUGGAACCCAUUCUGAGGUUCCUUCAGUUGUUGUGUGAAAAUCACAACCGAAAUUUGCAGAACUUUCUCCGAAAUCAAAACAAUAAGACCAAUUAUAAUUUGGUGUGUGAGACUCUUCAGUUCUUGGACUGUAUCUGUGGAAGUACCACUGGAGGAUUAGGGCUCCUUGGACUAUACAUCAAUGAAGGGAAUGUUGACUUAGUCAAACAGACCUUAGAAACUCUUACUGAGUAUUGCCAAGGCCCGUGUCAUGAAAAUCAGACCUGCAUUGCAAAACAUGAGUCCAAUGGAAUUGACAUCAUUAUUGCCCUUAUUCUAAAUGACAUUAACCCCCUUGCAAGAUGCCGUAUGGACCUUGUCCUGGAAUUAAAGAACAAUGCAUCCAAGCUUUUACUUGCAAUUAUGGAAAGCAGGCGUGAUAAUGAAAAUGCUGAAAAGAUUUUAUCCAAUAUGAGGCCUCAAGAACUGGUGGAGGUAAUCAAAAGUGCCUAUAAACAAGGUGAGACUGAUAAAGACUCUGCAGCUGACAAGAUAUCUCCUAAAGAUGUCGGACACAAUAUUUUUAUAUUGGCUCAUCAGUUGGCUCGUCACAACAAGGAGUUACAGAAACGUCUGAAGCCAUCAUCUGAACCAUAUUGUAAUGAAGAUGAUGCUUUAAGCUUUUAUGCCAACCAUACUGCUCAGAUUGAGGUAGUACGUCAUGAUCGAACUAUGGAGCAAAUUGUUUUUCCUGUUCCAAAUAUUUGUGAGUACCUAACCCAAGAAUCAAAGAGCAGAGUCUUUAAUACAACAGAGAGGGAUGACCAAGGCAGCAAAGUGAAUGACUUUUUCCAGCAAACAGAGGACCUUUACAAUGAAAUGAAAUGGCAGAAGAAAAUAAGAAGCUAUCCAGCAUUGUUUUGGUUUUCCCGGCAUAUGUCUUUAUGGGGUACUAUCUCAUUUAAUUUGGCCGUUUUCAUAAAUUUGGCUGUAGCACUGUUUUAUCCUUUUGGUGAUGAUGACGAUGAAGGCACGCUCUUACCUCUCUUCUCAGCUCUACUUUGGGUAGCAGUUGCAGUGUUUUCAGCUCUACUCUUUAUAUUUCCCAAGCCUAGAGGUGUUCAGCCAUUCCUUAUGUCGGUUAUCCUCCGUUCUAUAUAUACUUUAGGACUUGGGCCCACAUUGUAUCUUCUUGGUGCUGCCAAUCUCUGCAAUAAGAUUGUAUUUGUGGUGAGCUUUGUGGGCAAUCGAGGCACAUUCACCCGUGGUUAUCAAGCUGUUAUUAUGGACAUGGCAUUUUUGUUUCAUGUCAUUAAUGUCAUCAUAUGUAUGCUGGGCCUCUUUGUUCAUGAGUUCUUCUACAGUUUUUUGUUGUUCGACUUGGUGUAUAGAGAGGAAACUCUGCUGAAUGUCAUCAAAAGUGUUACUCGAAAUGGACGGUCCAUCAUUCUCACUGCUGUACUGGCACUCAUCCUUGUCUACCUCUUUUCUAUUGUUGGAUUCCUUUUCCUGAAAGAUGACUUUCUUCUGGAAGUCGAGCACCUUCCUCCUGGCAAAGUAGAUAUUCUCAAAACUAGCGUAAGCUCGAUGGUGAACUCGUGCUCAAAGGAGAAUUGUACUUCCACUUUAUCUGUUCACUCUUCAGGUGAUGAAGAUGUUGAUCAUGAUGGCAAAGAGAGAGUCUGUGACACUUUGCUUAUGUGCAUCAUAACAGUAUUAAAUCACGGUUUACGAAACGGUGGGGGUGUAGGAGAUGUGCUAAGGAAACCAUCAAAGGAGGAACCACUGUUUGCUGCCCGUGUUGUUUAUGACCUACUGUUUUUCUUCAUUGUUAUAAUUAUUGUGCUUAACCUUAUCUUUGGUGUUAUUAUUGACACUUUUGCUGAUUUGAGAAGUGAAAAGCAAAGAAAAGAAGAAAUUUUGAAGACCACUUGUUUUAUCUGUGGACUAGAAAGAGACAAAUUUGACAACAAGACAGUGUCUUUUGAGGAGCACAUCAAACUUGAGCAUAAUAUGUGGCAUUAUCUAUACUUCAUAGUUCUUGUUAAAGUUAAAGAUCCAACAGAAUAUACUGGACCUGAAAGUUAUGUCGCUGAGAUGAUCAAAGAAAUAAAUUUGGAAUGGUUCCCUCGGAUGCGUGCCAUGUCUCUUGUAUCAAAUGAAGGUGACAGUGAACAAAAUGAAAUACGGAUGCUACAGGAGAGGCUAGACAUUACCGCAACACUGGUGGCACAGCUGUCUUCUCAACUUGCUGAACUGAAAGAGCAGAUGACAGAACAAAGGAAGAACAAGCAAAGGCUGGGUUUUCUUGGGUCAAACACUCCUCAUGUGAAUCACUACAUCCCAGCAAAGUAACUCCAGGGACUACAAGCCUGACACUGGUCAUCAGCAUAUUUACACAAAGUGAUUUGGACCAUUUUUUUUAGAAACAUCUCUUAAGCACUGGAAGAUGUCAUUGCUCCUAUAAAACAGAUUUUCUGGAUUAUAUUUUUUUCUGAAAGUUCUGUUUGUUAUUUAGCACCUCAUGCAGGUAAUAUUACCAAAAAAGCUUCUUCUAAGGUCCUCUAAGACACUUUAUCCUUCUUUUUAACUGCAUUUUUAAUUCAUUGUCAGUAGACCUUUUGAUUACUUCUGUUGACAUCCAGUUUACAACUGUUCAGUACUUUUUGUUUGCUAUACUCUAAAAAUGUAACUGCAGUAGAAAAUAUUCAACAGGAUUGAUAAUGUCAAAGUAAGGCAAAGUUUGCCUUGGGAUACUGAAUGUAUUAAGUUAAUGUUCAUGUAGCUUUUUGGACAAGAGUAAAAGCGCAGCUCGAAAUCCUUCUUAGCUUGCAGUUAAAGAAAAAGUGACAAUGUUUUAUAUCUGAAAAUCCCAAUCCUCAUUUCUUUGUCAGUUUUUGACUCCUUCCUCCUGUGUGAGCUGUCUGCAGUGUGGUGAUUAAGGGCCAUUUAAUUGACGUCAGCAUUUUCAGGAGUCACAGUCGUAAGUUCUCUGAGCGCAGUAGCAACACAGAAUAUGUAGCUGGUAACCCAGCUAAAGGUCCCUCUGGUGGAUUACUUAGCUUUGGGUGUUUAUAAAGUCUCUGGACACUUCUUGAGAGAAUGCGACAAUACAUGAAAGCAUUUCCAGGGCUGCCAUCGGGCAGCACCAUGAAACCUGUAAUUGUCCUACUAUAUCGUAAUUUUAAAAAGGAGCACCAUUCUAUAACACCGAUACACAUUUGUAGCUGAAUUUUUUACAGUCCAGUUUUACAUUCACAUUCAGUAGUUGUGAUUAUUGGAAAACCUAAUAUACUAGAAACUGCACACUUAAAUCACUUAGGAAUCCUAGGAGGUGUACUGCAAGUUUAUUUACCCUUUUUGGAAUGACUAGCAAAACAGUAAACAUUGUACUUCAUUGCAGGUAGAAAGUGUACGAUAACUGUGAUCCUCAAAGACUAGAGUGGUCAGAGAAAUUUAAAAGGCACUUUCUGGAUUUUAUAAAAUGAACUUCAUUGGGCAAAGCAGAAUUACAAGGGUUAAACUAACAACAUAUGUUGUUUCAAGGGAAACUGAAAUAAAUGUGAUUGUGACGUGCCUAAUGGUGACUCUGGGGAGCAGCUGCGAUCAAAAUAUGUCUAUCCUCUCACAAUUACUGACUGGACUGGCACUCAAACUUAUAGUCAUGGAUGUGUGCCUUAUCUGAACCGAACGUGUAACCUACAAAAAGGGAGAUGAUCAUUCUGUAUGUUUUUAAUAUUUGCCAAUUAUUCGUAUGUACUGUAAAUUGUGUAUUUUACAAGAUGUGAUAAAUUUUAAGGCUUAUUGCAUUUGAAAACUGGGUAGUUAGAAAUCCUCACAGUAGGAAUAAUAUAUGAAAAAAAAGGCCUAUUGCUUUCACACAAAUGUUUGUGUUCUUUUAUUAAGAAUUAACAAUUCUUAGACCUAUACACACUAGUAAACUAGUUAAAAUUCAAAUAACUAUUAUUUUGCAAAGAAAAUUCUAGAGUAUUUAAUUUUACAGUCACCUAUUCUUUUUAAUUGUGUGGCUGAUUCCAUUGUUUUGCUUUUAGCAGUGCAGACUUCAGGUGGCUAAACUGAACAUUUUCCCUUAGUUGCGGGAGUCCUUAAAAGGAGGCCACUUUAUUAGACGUGUAAAUGACAGACCUAUAUAACGUAUGUACAUCAUUGGUGUGUGAGAGAGGAAGGGGGAGGUUCUUAAUAUGAUCAGUGUGAGUGUGCUGUUAAGGUUUCUUAGUCAGUAGUUGCUGUGGACAUUGUUUUAAAGAUGCACGUAAUUUAAGCUGUAUGUUGACUUUGGACACACUAAAGUUCUCAUGCUAUUUUGUUGUAAUUUUAUGCAGUUUUUUUUUUUUUUUUCUUUUCUUGUAUAAGCUGGUGUUCCAGUAUGGUUGAAUGGUUAUCACUUUAUUUUUCUUUUGUUUUCUGUUUUAUUGUGUAAUUUGCCAAUCUAUAAAGCAAUGCCCUGGGUCGUCUAACUGGAAAUAAAGUGUUAAAAGUUAAAGGCU